CCCCAAUCCCACCUCGUCACUUGUUGCAUUGAUCCUGUCGGAAUCGAGUCUCAGACAAUGAUCUCGACCUCGAAGCAUCUCUUUGUGCUUCUUCCUCUUUUCCUAGUCUCACAUCUCUCCCUCGUUCUCGGUUUCCCGGCGUACGCGUCCCUUGGAGGUUUAACCGAGCGUCAAGUCGAAGAGUACACGUCCAAGCUCCCUAUCGUCUUUCCACCACCGCCGCCUGAACCUAUCAAGGACCCGUGGCUCAAGUUGGUCAAUGACAGGGCUCAUCCAUGGAGACCCCUUCGGAGAGGAGAUGUCAGAGGACCCUGCCCGGGGUUGAAUACGUUGGCAUCCCAUGGGUAUCUUCCUCGAGAUGGUGUGGCGACUCCAGCUCAAAUCAUCACUGCCGUCCAAGAAGGCUUCAACAUGGAGUACGGGAUCGCGACAUUCGUCACCUACGCUGCCCACCUCGUCGAUGGAAACCCACUCACCAAUCUCAUCAGCAUUGGUGGGAAGACGCGCAAAACUGGCCCCGAUCCACCACCUCCCGCCAUCGUUGGUGGGUUGAACACUCACGCUGUUUUCGAAGGUGAUGCGAGUAUGACCCGAGGCGACUUUCACUUGGGGGAUAACUUCAACUUCAACCAGACGCUUUGGGAGCAGUUCAAGGACUACAGUAACCGCUAUGGAGGUGGACGAUACAACCUAACUGCGGCUGCUGAGCUUCGCUGGGCACGUAUCCAGCAAUCCAUGGCCACGAACGGUCAAUUCGACUUCACCUCCCCUCGGUACUUCACAGCCUACGCCGAAUCCGUUUUCCCAAUCAACUUCUUCACGGACGGACGGCUCUUCACUUCGAACACUACCGCACCAGGCCCCGACAUGGACUCGGCGCUCUCCUUCUUCCGGGACCACAGGUACCCCAAAGACUUCCAUCGCGCACCCGUUCCAAGUGGUGCUCGUGGACUCGAUGUAGUCGCCGCUGCCUACCCUAUCCAGCCGGGCUACAAUGCAGAUGGGAAGGUGAACAACUACGUCCUCGACCCGACUUCCGCGGAUUUCACAAAGUUCUGUCUGCUGUACGAGAACUUUGUGUUGAAGACUGUGAAGGGGCUCUAUCCAAAUCCGAAGGGCUUCUUGAGGAAGGCACUGGAGACAAACUUGGAAUACUUUUACCAGUCGUUCCCUGGGUCGGGAGGCUGCCCGCAGGUCUUCCCCUGGGGCAAGAGUGAUUAG